AUAAAACAAGUUGUCAACAUGGAAAGCAAGGCAACUAACUUGAAGAAUGCCUAUGAAACCAACGGUUAUAUUACAGGAAUCCAGGUCCUGAACAAAAAUGAAUUGGCACAGGCUCUUCAGAACUACUCAGCUCUUGAGGAGAAAUUUGGUAAACUGCACACCCAAUACAACCUUCAUAAUAUACAUUUAGAGCACCCAUGGGUGAUGGAUUUAGCUACACAUCCUCAGGUGCUACAAACCAUCACUGCAGCCUUGGGUGAUAACAUCAUUCUUCUCGACUCUCGGUUUAUCUGUAAGUAUCCAGCCUCGGAUGUCCCUCACAAAAACAACAUUGCUCCAUUUGUUGCCUGGCAUCAGGACAUCAGGUACUGGGGGUUUGAAGGAGGUUCUGUGGCAUCUGUAUGGUUGGCCCUUGAUGAUGUUGACCAAGAAAAUGGAGUCCUACAAGUUAUUCCAGGAAGCCACAAGCAAGGAUUACUGGAACAUAAAACAAGUGCAGCUGCUGGGAAUAUGUUAACAUCCAAUCAGGAAAUUCCUGAGCACUUGAUUGAAAAAGAGAAAGCUGUUCAAUGUCCUCUGAGAGCAGGAGAAAUGUCGGUUCAUGAUGGUUUGACUGUUCACUUCAGUGAACCCAACUUUUCAAACAGACGCAGAUGUGGCUUUGUGAUCCGUUAUGUCCCAACCAAGGCUUAUCCUGUUGACGAUCCAGACAGACCUCGUACUUUCCCUGCCACAGUACUAGUUGCAGGAGAAGACAAAUACCAACACUUUAAAAACCAUGCACCAAGUACUUUUACCAAAACAUUUUGAAAAUGUUACAGGAUUAUCAAGUGAUUACUGUUUAAAACUUUUAACUACACAAACAUUUACUGUAUAUCUAUCUGUUGCUCUGAUUAUUAAUGAAGUUUUGUUCUUUAUGUAAAAAUAUGUGGUUUUCUGCAAAGUAUACACCUGUAUAGAAUUGGUUAAUAAAAAUACUUUUGGA